AUGACUAUCCAUCAAGCUGUUCGUCGCUGGAUCAUGACGGGUGGUGUCGCUGCUGUUACCAUCACUGGUACCAUGUACGGGGCCGGACUGAAAGGGGAUCAAACUGCUAAGCAGACCAAGAAGAAGAUGCUCGAAGCCACGCCAGACGAGAUCAUUGCCCAACUCGAAUUCGCACGUGCUGAUCUGGUCCUGAAGAAGAAUGAGAUGGAAAGGAAGAUAGCGAGGUUCAAGGAACGCCGUUCCGAGGAGCGGGGACAGACGGAACCGAAAUGA